UGUCUGUGUCGUUUGCAGUGUGAAAGGUCACGGGUCACCGGGGGUCGUGUUUUCUUUCCGAGCAGAUUAUGGCGGCCUUUAGCUGGUUUGCGUGCGGGCGGCUGUCCCGGGCUGUUUUGCAUGUGGGCCGCCGGGUCGCGCACAGUCAGCCGCCGUGCCCCCGGGCUCCCCGGCGCUGGGUGAGCGAAUCGCCCCGGGUCCGAGUCGGGGAGAAGGGUGCCCUGGGCAAAGCUCGCGCUGCGGAGCAGCCGCAUUUCACAGAGCUGGACAAGGCAGAUGCUUUGAUGCUGAGAAAGUCCCACGAAACAGGAUUCCUCUCCUGGUUUCGUAAUGGUCUACUGGCCACAGGGGUUGGUGUAAUCGCUUUUGUACAGAGUGACGUAGGCCGAGAGGCUGGAUACGCCUUUUUCAUCCUGGGCGGAGUGUGCGUGUCGUUCGGCGCUGCUUCCUACGUGGCGAACCUCUUCAGCCUGCGGCGCAUCAUGUUGCUCUCCAUGCCGGCCGUGCUGAUCAACAGCAUGGUGGUGGGAAGCAUGGGGCUGCUCUGGCUCUCCGCCGUCUCCCUCUACAUCGGCCGGCUGGAGGUGGAGAUCAUCCACGAGGAGGACGAGGAGGCGAGGCCCCCCAGGGACUGCGACGAGUGCGGGGACCGGCGGGACGAGCGCCACCCGGAGGAUAAGGGACGGGACAAGUGAACGACGGUGCUGCUUCGCGUUUAGGCAACUGCGGGGGGAGGGGGGUUGAAUUAGGGUCACUGCCGUGGAAAACAUUACAACCAGCAGAUCUUAAAUGUGAGAUUCUGGUGAGAACUAAUUUUUGGGUGUGUUUUGCGUUACAUAAGGGGUGUGUGUGUUUGUGUAGACCAUGGACAACAGAGUGGUUGUAUGCUGUCUUGGGUUUCCACUAGGUAUGACAUAUUCUGGAAACUAUGAAAAGACCAUUUACAUAAAAUAAGGUUAGUCAAAGGCUUUUGCUGUUGUUUUUUUAUUUGAAUAUAACUGAUUAUUUUUCCUCAGGUCCUAUCCAAGAUUUAAAUAGGCUAAAAGUUUCUUUUCAUUUAAUGUACAAGCUUGUGAUUGAAUUCUCUUCUUUCCAGUUCUGGUAUGUCUGCAGUAAGUCUGUUUUUUUUGGGGGGGGGUCAUCAUGAAAUCAGUGUAACCUGUGUGCAUGCUCUGGCUGUACUCUUCCACUGUCACGUCCCCUGGGCGGUUACGUUUUCAUGUGGCGUUGUGGGAGGAGCCACAGUCAUGCCCCCAGGUGACGUUACACAUGCACGUUAGUUUUAUUUCUAUUCUGAAGUUGAUUUUAUCUUAAUUUUGCCUUUUAGGUGUCUGUGUCUGUGUUUAUGCAUGAAUGAAUGAGGUUUUCUCCAUGAGUGAGGUCAGGCCAGUGUUUGCCAAACCUGUCCGCAGGGCGCACUGGAUGGAUCCACGUUUUUGUGUUCACAGUACAUCUGUAAAGUAUUUAAGAACUUCUGGGUCAGGUGUUCUGGGAACUGGAAUAAAACAAAAAUGUACAUCUGUCCAGUGUGUGCCCAUGACUGGUUUGAGCUGCCGUGAUGCGCAGUGUCGGCGGAGGUGAACCUUAUAUCCCCUGUGUCCGUUCGCAUGGGCAUUUCUCACCGUGUCGGAGUCGGAUGUCCUAUCGCACCAGGGAUUUAUCGUCAUGGUAACAAUUAUGGAUGGCACCUUUUAAAUCCAUCUGUCUUCUUGUAGAAGCAUAAAGAAAGCUGAAAAAUGACUGUACAAACACAAAAAACUAAGAUAAAUGAUGUCUCUUAUUGUUGCCUGUCACAUGCAUCCGAUUGCAUCUAUUAUUUUCUCAGCCCAUGAGGAAAAGCUGAAAUUUAAUACCUGGUGCCCAAGUCAAUAAACAUAUACAUGUUUAGAACAGAAUCAAGGAUGUAGUGAUUGGUAACUACUCAAUUCUGUGUUAAUAUUUAACCGUUAAUGAUGUUGUCACUUCAGGUUAUGAUGUUUCUUUAUUGUGAUUCGUUAAUAUGUAGUAGUUUGUAUUUUUUGUGCAUAAAUUCUUGAUAUAUUCACACCCAAAUGCUAUUUUUUUUAUAUGUCAGUCAAGACUGGUUUGUAAGUCAUUUUAUCGCAAUCUGGUGUAUGCACCUUAUGAAUAUUACUUUUUUCUUUUCCAUCAGUUACCAAGAUGACCCUUUAGGAUUAUUAAUAUGAAUUUAAUUUUAAUUUGCCUCUAUGAGACCUCAUACAAUCUAAGGUAAAUGGAUUUACCUGACGUUUCUUACUCAUGCUGGUUUGUUCUUAUACAGUGGGAGAUUGGCUGCGAGUUGAUAAAAUAUAUGUAUAUUCUGGAGCUGAGUGGUGCGAGGCUCUAAGUUAUUGCAUGUGUGUGUGUGUGUGUGUGUCCUUGACCUUUCACUGUAAAUAUAUCGCAUGAACGUGGA